AUGGCAAGUAUCAUCAAAAAUCAACUGGUCAAGCAUUUAUCAAAAUUUGCGCGAAAUCUAAAGCCGGAACAGAUUAGUCUCGAUGUAUUGAGGGGAAAGUCCGAGUUGAGGAACAUCGAGCUAAAUGAGGAAGUUCUCACGGAGGUCCUCGAGUUGCCUACAUGGAUGAAAAUUACGAAGGCGCACUGCAAUCGGGUGGCUGUUCGAGUACCAUGGACAAAGCUCAAGACAAAUCCGAUUGAAUUGUUCCUUGAUGAAGUUACGGUAUCAAUUCGAUUGGAUGCUGACCGUUCACCAAAACCACAACAAAACCCAAAAAAGCCAGACAGCAUUUACGCCGACUCCGGAUCGUACGGGUUUGCCGAGAAAAUUGUUGAAGGAAUGAGCAUCUAUGUAAAUACAUUGGAAAUCAAUUUCGACUCGGGUGCCUUCGGCGGGUCUUUUAUGCUAUCCCGUCUUUCUGUCGAAUCACGAACUCCCGGCUGGGCAAUUGCCAAAGAUUUGAAGAAGACCAGGAUCAGUUGUCACAAUACAAAUCGGACUCUUGUAUAUAAGCAGGUUUCAUGGCAACUCCUUCGCAUCGAAGCAUCAGCUCGAACAGCCGAAGAAACACAACGCAGAAAUAUCAAUGCGCCACUCCGGUUAAUAACUAGCGACGGGAAAAUUCGAAUCACCCUAAAAAAGGAUUCCACAAAUGGGGCGGUGAUCCACGCUCGAAUUAUGAUGAUCUUAGAAGAUAUUCUUUGGGUUGCCACUUUGCCACAGAUUCGCUCAGCCAUAGCCUUUUACAGCCAUAUGAUGAAAAUCGUGAAUGCGGCCGAAAAGCCACCACCCGAUAUCCCUACCCCCUCUAAACCGAACGAAUUGAUCACAAGCUCACCAAAUCAUCAUGCAAAAACCAACACCAAUUUUGCAAGAUUUGAUUUGGACCAGACUUCAUAUCACAUGCAGCGGAGCGAUACAGCUUACUCUCAUCGCCCUUCUCAUCGAUAUUUAUCCAAAAACGCUAGCCUCUUCAGACAGAUCUCAUUGGGUUCGUUACACAGCUCCAAACGAAACUCAAAAUGGAUGGAAAACAAUUUGAAGAACCAUUUAGAAAGGAUGUGUGAGAAGCAAGAAGAAACUGGUAAAAUGAGACUCGGACGUUCGUGGCCAGAUCUGAUGUCGUUUAAUGUCGUUUUCCGGGUUUAUGAUAUUAACAUACAGUGCGUAUCUGAUCGGAAAACGAAAAAGGAUGAGCUUCAAAAUAUGUUUACAUGCGACCGUCACGCUAAGAAAUCCCUCCCGAAUGAUCAGUACAUUUUAUUUGUCGAAUUUGCCAAUUACUAUCAUCCGAUGACCGAUAAAUUACCAGGUUGGUUC